GUCACACUCAUUUGUGGGCGGAGUCGAUGCGGCCUGAUAGUCCCGAGCGCUUCGCACACAAUCCCAGCGAUCUUACACUGAAAACUGCUGCAAGAUGGAUCGAGGAUAUUCUUCAGGAUUCUCUGGAUGGGGAGGAUCGGGUGGAGGAGGAUCGUCCAGAGGCUCGAACAGCUACGACCUGUACGGGUAUAAAGACUCCAUGUCCGGCGGCGGCGGGUUCGGAGGAGGAUACGGCUCCAGCGAUCGCAUGAAGAGAGGACUCUCCGGAGGAACCCUGCUGUCCUCCUCCGGCUCCAACGCCGACGCCGUCAUCGCCAAGAUCAACCAGCGGCUGGACAUGCUGACGCAGCUGGAGGGAGGCAUGAAGGGAGGCGGGCGCAGCGACAGGUUUGACCAAUACGAGUCUUUCGACUCGCGCUCCGCCUCUCUCGGCCCCCGAGAUCUCUACAGAUCCGGUAGCUUCGGUUACAGCGACUCCCGGGGCGACAUGAUGGCCCAGCGCGGAGGCGUGGGCUUUGGGCUCAUGGGCGGAGCCGGAGGGGGCAGUGGCUUUGACGGCUCCGCCUUCGGAUCUGCCAAAAUGCGGCAGACUCGAGACUCCGCCUUCUCGGGCUCCGGCUGGGGGGCGGGGCAGAGAUCCCCACGCAGGAGCAGAGCGGCUGGGGGGCGGGGCUUCGGCCGCAGGCAGGACUCCUCCUCCGCCGCCGGCAUGGGGGGAGGAAGUGGGCGGGGCGGAGGCCAAGGCCACUCCCCCGCAGGGCGAGGAAAGCUGCCCUCGCUCCUGGCCCAUCGCAUGUACCCCGACAGCGGGGCCUUCCAGUCUCACCGCGGGCCCCAGGACUUCCCUGCGCGGAACUUCGGAGGGGGCCCGAGGGCCAACCGGCAGCACGGCCGCAAGAGACCCAUGAACCGACAAGUGAAAGGUCAGCGUGACGGGCAGAAGAAGAGGAAACAGACUCUGAGCGCGAACGACGAGCCCGAGCCCAAGAUGGGAAAAACCGAAACCGUUGGGGAAACAUCGGCCGCCGAGGCCACGGCAGGAGAACCGACGCAGGAUUCUGAGGAACCGACUGCCGCCGUGGAGUACAAACCAGAAGACGGAGGAGAGAGUGCUGCGCCAUCCAAUCAGGACGCUUCCAAGGGGAAGAAGACUCCGCCCUCUGCAGCCAAAGUCAGGAAGAGGAGAGGCUUCUUUGAAAGGUCAGGGGUCAAAGUAUCAGCACACAGGAUGACGUUCGCCUGCUCCAUCUGCAAGUUCCGCUCGUUCUACAGCGAGGACAUGGCCGCCCACCUGGAGAGCAAGUUCCACAAGGACCACUUCAGGUUCCUGUCCAAUCAGCUGUCGAAGCCCACCACCGACUUCCUGCAGGAAUAUCUGAAUAACAAGUACAAGAAGACGGAGCAGCGAGUGAGUCAGAUGGACAACCACAGCACCGUCAUCUGCCAGGUGUUCAAAGAGCAGGAUCUGACGCGAGAUCUCGGCAUGGAGCACUUCAUGAAGAAGGUGGAGGCGGCUCACUGCUCGGCGUGCGACGUCUUCAUUCCCAUGCAGUACAUGCUGAUCCAGAAGCACCUCAAGUCACCCGACCACAACUACAAUCGCAAGGGUAUGAUGGAGCAGUCCAAGAGGUCCAGUCUGUCCGUGGCACGCAGCAUCCUCAACCACAAGGUCAUCGGCAAGAAGCUGGAGAGCUACCUGAAGGGUGAAAACCCCUUCAACGGUAACCAUGACGACCAGGAUCCCGAGGACUCCAUGGUGAUGGAGGUUUCCGAGGCCGAUCUCACCAACGAAAGCCUUCAUGAGAUCAAACAGGUAGAGGAGGAGGAGCCUGCGGUAGAGGAGGAGGAGCCUGCAGACGGAGCGGUCGGAAACGGGGAGGAGCACCUAGAGGUGAAGAUGGAGGAGGGUGUGGAGGAGGGUGACGAGGGUGAUGAAGGUGUGGAGGGUGUGGAGGUGGGCGAGGAGGAGGCGGCGGAGCACGGCGUGGACGCGGAGGAGGCGGAGCCAGGAGACACGCAGGCCGCUCCGGGCGAGUAAUCAUCAGGAGAACUGUCCACUACUGUCCGUCUGAAGAAUCACUUCUACAUACUAAACCUCUGAACUCUAUGACAGCUGCCCGGGGUCAGGCCAGACAUGCAGCCCGAGGACCAAUCAGAAUAAAGCCUGCCUCGUCUUCAUCCAGUCACAGGAUUGCUCCGCCCCUCUACGCCCGUGCGUUUCUUCUGAUUAGAUACACGCGUGUCAUGUGACUGUUGAUGUGCCUCUUGAGAUGAAUUCAGUUUGUCACGUCUUUACACGCUGAAGUAAAACCUUUUUCUUUUUUUUUUUUUUUUUUUUUUUGUUUCUCUCGUUUGUUUGGUUUGUUGCAGAAGAGGAAUGCUUUCAUUUGCAGUAUCCGCUCAUUGUUUUUCUCUUGUGUUAAGGAAAUAAAUGUUUGUAAAGUCA